AUGACGUCCUCUGCCGUCCAUUGUGCCUUUCAGUUUCCGGGUCGCUUUUGGUGUGGAUCCCGUCUUGACGCAUGUGAUUUCGGGAAGCGUUCCUAUCUCAAUGCAUCUGCAUCGCGUGCGGCACUGUCUUUAGAUCAAGGACAGAAGAGGUCAUGUGCACCCUUCGCAGUGUCGGGCUUCAAGAGAUGCGAUUUGAGGAACUCUCCACUUGUGCUCUCGCCAAACCCUUCUCGCAUGGGCAUGCAGACAAGUUCGCGAGUUCGGGGUCCUCGCGCAUCACGACUACUUGCUGCCCGACCGACUAAUGGUCAAACGCCAGCCACAGCCGCCCAUUCAGGGGCUACCAGAGGCGGUCGAAGCACUGGAUUCUCGAUGAGAACACCUUCGUUCCUACAACGGGUGGCCGCGGCAGCGAUGUACUUCAUACCGAACCUCGAACUGCUUCAGACCUUUUUACCAUUUUUGACAACGAUGCUGCCCUCCGCCACCCCACUUUGGGCAGUUGCUGCCAAAUGCCUGGAGUUGUACGGCAAGAUUCCGUGUGCUUCCUUGCUCUCCUUCGGGGCUCCAUAUACUCUUCUUAUAAAAAAGAAAGAGCUGUUCAAGCCGUCGUAUUUCCUGCGGCACCAUACAAUGACGGCUUUGCUACUGUCUAUGCUGCAGUACACGCUCAGCAUGAUCUACUUCAAGGGCGUCAGUGCCUCCUUCACAGGAACCGCUCAUGAAACAAUCGUGCUGUCACUGUUCCUCACAGCUCAGACGCUUCUGAUGAGCUCGAUGCUCAGUGCCCUUAGCGCAAAGUAUGCAUGGGUGCCGGUCGUGACUGAGGCUGUCACCAUGCACAUAGGCGAAAAGCCGCCUGGCUGUUACUGA